UCCAAAGUUCAACGUUCAUUUUCUUCCUCUGUAUGUUUCACUGUCAAUUUUUCAAGUAAGAUAAAAUUCACAGAUUCAACAUCUGUUUUCCUUCAUGCUCUCUCUCUCUCUGUCUCUCUCUCUCUCGCUCUCUCAUAUCUUUUAAUCCAUUUCUGUUGACAUCUCUCAGUUUUCCGGUGACUUCUCGAUGGAUUUGAUCGGAAACAGCGUCGGAGCAACACCUUCCAAAUACCCACAAUCAAAUCGAUCAAAGGUUUCCAAAAUCUCGAAACCCUCUGAGAAUUUCAAUCCCAAUAUCACAAGCCCUUGUUCGAAACACUUGAAUUCACCAGCAAUCAAAUCUGCAGCAAAACCCCAUACAUCGUCCUCGAAAAACCCUAAUCCCAGUGCUUCACCUUCACCACGGAACAAGAUUCGGGAAAGAAAGUUUGUGGUGGCAAAGAGGAAUUUGAAGAAAGGUAAAGCAAACCCUUCAACAGUCUCGUGUAAGUGUGAAGACAAGGUUGGUGGCAAUUCAGAGAAGUGUCUCUGUGUUGCGUAUGAGAUUCUUAGGGCUUCACAAGAAGGGUUUUUCAAGAAUCGAGGUGGUGCUAAUGAUGAAUGUGAAUCGGAAGAGCCGAAGAACCCUAAAAGAGCUGAGACCCAAGUUGAAGAAGAGGAAGAGAAGAACCCAUCGACUCAAAACCUAGAAAUUGCAAAUGGGUGUGAAGGGAAAGUUAAUCAAAGGGAAGACAAGAUGCCUCGUGUUCUUGAAUCUAGGUCUGGAAGAGUGAUGCAUUUGAUUAAGGCCUUUGAGAGGCUUCAUACAAUACCGAACUCGAAGGACUUAGAUCAGGAACACGAGCAACAAUCAGAAGAUCAUGAGAAGGCAUUGCCAGAAUUGCAGCCUAGGGUUCCUGAAACACAGGUCUCUCCAUCUUCAUUCUCUCCGCCGGUUUUUUUCCUCACGCCGGAGAGUUUAGGUUUAUCAUCUUCGUCAGAUGACAGCCAAGGAAGUAUUUCAAGCAGGACAUCUGGUGGUGGUGAUCAAAGGAGCCGACGAAAUAGCUCUGAAUCAUCUGGAACAUUUGGUGGAAAGCAUUGCAAGAGGAGGCAGCUUAGAGCUACCUGCCAAAAACCAUUCAAGCUUAAAACAGAGCAAAGAGGAAGAUACAAGGAGGAGGAAUUUGUUAAGAAAGUACAGGAAAUGAUGAUGGAGGAAGAGAAACAACGGAUACCGACUGCACAAGGUCUCCCCUGGACAACAGAUGAGCCAGAGUGCUUGAUGAAGCCUCCUGUUAAAGAAAUCACAAGACCAAUUGACUUGAUGAUGCACAGUGAUCUCAGGGCUCAAGAGCGUGCUGAGUUCGACCAGCAGGUGGCGGAGAAGAUGAUCCUCAUCAAAGAAUACAGGAUGGAAAGGGAAAGACAACAGAAGUUGGCUGAAGAAGAAGAGAUAAAGAGACUGAGAAAGGAGCUCAUUCCAAAAGCUCAACCAAUGCCUUACUUUGACCGGCCCUUUAUCCCUAGAAAGUCCCUGAAGCGUCCCUCACCUUGACCCCAGGAAGAAUACCCAGGUGGUGUUGCAUAUGUUGAAUUGACUUCAGCCACUCCAUAUAGUGUGAAAGGCCGAGAAGACGAGAAGAAAUUUUAAAUAUGGAUUUUUUGUAAAAUCACCAAAUAAUGGAAAAUCUUCUCUCUUGAAUUUUCAAAUAUCCCUCUCCCCUUUUGUAUAUUAAGUAGACAAAAAUGAGUUGCAAUUUUGUUGAUGUUGAUAAAGAAUGCUUUGUAUUCAUUUAAUUUCUCAUUGUUUACUCUC